AUGAAAAUGUACAAUCCGUUUGCGAAGCGGGAGACAUUCAGCAAUAAUGCCAUUACCGCAUAUCGUGUCCUGACUCCCAUCUCUUGGUUGUUGGUGGUCGUCUUUGGCAUCUUCUAUUCCGUCCGCAGGCCAGGCGAUGUACCCAACGGCUUCACCGUGUGGGAACAGACACACCGAAACCCCACCCCCUUCUCGCAGAGUACCGUCGUGACGGGGAUUUUCUGGAUUAUCCUACUACUGUCCCAGCUUGGAUACAUCGCCAACCUCUUCUCCUCAAACCCCGCAAAAGUAACAACUGCCGCGAAUGUCGCCGGCUUUUAUAUCCUCAACAAUCUAUUCGUCCUCGCUUUCAUCCUUCUCUGGGUUAGGUCCAUGUUCUGGGGUGCGGAGAUCAUUGACAUUGCAAACUUGAUCAGUCAGGGCAUUGUCUAUUGGAAACAUCAAGAUCUGCCCCUGGAUAUCCACCUUCCCGCAGUGGCUGGCCCGUAUGCGUGGACUCUAUCGACGCUCUUCUGGAACGGAGCUGUUGCGGUUGGAGGAGACAAUACCGCUAAGAGGGUCGUUGCUAAUAUCUUCAUCUGGGUCAUGUUCGUCUUUGGCCAGGGCCACAUUGCUCGAAGGGCAGAUUUUGCUUAUGGAUACUCCUUGAGCUUAUUGACGCUGUCCCUCGCUCUAAAGCAGUUCUCGCUCAAGAUCAUCUCACUUCAGUGGAUCUUCGCGUUCGUGAUCUUCGGAGUUUUCUUCACCUCCUCCCUCUCCACCUCUGUUGCCAAAUACCACAACAGAAACUUCUUCUUCCGAAGCGUCGCGGAGCCGGCCGAGUCCACUGAUCGCGAACGCCAGCCAUUGCUCAGCGAGGAGUAA